AAUCCAGUCUCCCCUCUCUGUCAUUUCCUCCUAUAAAGAAGUGUCCCUGUUUCUGCAAAGAUGUGUGCAGCAAUGAAUGGUGGACCAUGUGGGCAGAGACUUUGCAUGUGUAGAAGAGCAGUUCAGUGCUGGCUAGUGGUAAUUGACCAAAGUGGUUCCAAGACUAUUAUGCCAUCCCCUAGAAGUGGAGCCUUAGACAGUCUCCAACUGAGCCUGUGCCUGCUUAAGGCUGCCCCAGAAGGAAUAUUGAAGAGACAGUAACAAAAUGUAAAACAGUCACAAGAAAAACCAGUAACGAUUCAAGUGUUCUGCUCCCUUCAUGCCCAUGACUAUUGUUAUUCUGUACUUCCAGCAUUUGGCCGCUGCUGAUGAGACACUGUCAGAACCCAGUAGCCCAAGAAUCGCUGUGGGGAGAAUAGCAAAGUUACAUCAUGAAUAUCAAUUUCAAACAACAGCCUCAGCCUCAGUUCAACUACAGAGCAGUAACACAGGGAAGCCUGAGCGAUACUCCUUUUGGAAGAGCAACUGGAACUUAUUUUCUCUCCAGACACAUCCCACAUCCCAGGGCAGUCUGCCAUAUUCAAGGGUUAAAUAAUGCACCUGUCUGCGUUGUGAGAGAUGCAGGGAGUCUUUCAAGACCACACCAGGCUGCCAGCAAAAUCCUAAUCCCACAGCAAGAAUAUGAUCAGCAACAUGGGCUAACUGGGCAAGGCGUGGGCAUGCCAUCUUCUAGCAGCAUUACACUAAGACUCCAGGCUUAUCCACACAUUGGGAAAGGUCCAUCACGACCAAGUUCACAGCCUGGGAGAGAAGAAAUGGCUGAGUUCUCUAAAAGGACAAGAGACUCCCUUGCUUUACUGAGAAAGGAAGAUCCUUUGAAAAAACAACCAGGUCGUCCUCUGACUGCAGUUGGCCAUGAGAUCCAUCCUUCUUCUCUUACCCGUCCCUCUUCUCCAGCCCGUUUUAUGCAUUACAAGCCAGAAGUCAGAGAGAAUAUAAACUAUGUUCCAAACUAUCUGGAUCAGGAAAUAAAAGUCUUGGAAAAACUCCGUGACAUUCUACAGACAGACUCCCUUGCAGAGAUCCAAGAGUGGCUGUCAAGGGCAAGUAUAAGAGAGAAAGAGUUUGUAUCAAAUUUGAUUCGCUCAGAGAUGACUAGCAGGGACUUGCUGAAUUAUCGGCAAAAUACACCAAAAGAAAGUGCAGUGGAGAACUUGAAUGUCCAUGAUACAAUGAAGCCUUCCCAUAUCCCUUGGACAGAACCAAGAGAAGAAGCGAACAAGUUCAGGCCUUCAAGUAAAGCAUCAGAAGCAAGUAAAGGAACGGAACAAGAAAGGGAGAGAGAUGGUCAUUUGUCCACAAGAGGGGAGAGAUUUACAAUCCCAAUUUUCAAAGAUGUACACAGAGGAAGGUCCUCCAGCUCCCAAGGAACGAGCCACAGUCCUUCCGUAGCACUCCGACAGAAGCCCCACCUUCGCUACAGCAAGUUACCCGUUGAUCAGAGACGUCUUACUGCCAGAGAAUAACUUCCUCUUCAAAGCUUCUGAAACAGCACAAUUGUUCCCUUCAAGUAUUACCAUAUGUACUAUUAGCAACAAUAAUUAAAAACCUACCUAGAGCUGGCUCCCCCUUUAAAAACAAACUUGUGUUAAUUUCGUUUAGUCCCUAAGUGUUUCAUCAAAAACCACUGAAAAGUACAUACAGAAUGACUUCCCCGGAAGCUUUUGGAUAUGCUCUUCAUUCAAAAUGCCUAUACAAGUAAGGUUAAGAGAACUGUAAAUUAUAAGAUGUUUCAUCUACCCUGCAAGACUCUUAACACAGGCAUUUCAUCUUUAAGGAAACCUAAAUUUGCUAUUAACUUGGCACAUCAAGUGAAGAGAACAUCCACUGAUGUUAUGCUUUCUAGCCUCUCUGAAACGAUGCAUUGUACAGCAACUGGGCAGUACUACAUUACACCUUGAUUACACCUUUAGCUGUUGUAACCCACAGAACGAAUCUUUUUCUCUACAUUCUAGAGUAGAGCACAUGACACCGUAAGACAGGAUAGCAACUUGAUCAAAAACCUCAGGCAACAAAUUUAAGUUUGGCAGCUGAUUUGCCCCUAACAAGUAUGUGCAUGUAUACACACAUUUGUGCACAGGAGUCAGGCCCACAAAUAGACACAUUGUGUGUGGAUACACCAUCUGCUCAUGUAAUUAUAGAGGUACAUGGGCACAUGUAUGUUUUGCAGGGUGCAAGUCAUGCACCAGGUUUUGAAAAGCUGACCCUAAAUUUUCAGUCCUAGUUCACUAGGAAAGGCAUGACUGCAGGUAGAAUGACACACUCUUUUUGCAGAAAGCAAGCAAUUAUCUAGAUCAAUUCCUCUCACAAUAGCUGAGAAGUGUCAUGUAUUUAACACUGGGGGUGGGGGGAAAGGGGAAUGUGGGGAAAGAAAGGGUGGACAAAAAUGCCCAACAAAACCAACUAAAUAAACCCAAGAUCACAGAAAUGGUGGCAAGCGCAGCCUAUCUAAUACUGGAACCAUUUACUGAAAUCUUACCUUAACCCACCCUUUUGGGCAUGUUUGGAUAAGAGGUCACACCUGUUUUUGGUUAUGCAAAAAACAAACCCCAACCCACCUAAGUUUUGCAAAACAAAAUAAAAAACGUGAUCCCUACUUUUUGGCCAACUCCAGUUUAUAGUUCCACAGUAAGAUUAUUCAGCUAUGCCUUGGGACAUGCUCCUUCAUGAAGAGUGACAAUCUUUGAAAAUUUUACUAGUGCUGUGCCACGCCCUUUCAGGGAAAUUUAAGCUGAUAACUAACAAUAUUUAGAAUUCCCUUCUGCAAGUUCUUAUCCUGACCAAAAAUCAUUUCUAUCUGUUAUGAUAGCAUGGUGCCCAUUCAUACUUGUCAGAGCAAAAAAGAGUGCAUUAAGAACUAAGCAGCAACCUUAGCGCUAAAGUCUCGUGUGGUCAUAUUGGGAACAUGUCAAAUCCUGUCAGUUCACUAAAAGAUCUAGGCCAGAGGUUCUCAACCUUUGGUCUGCGGCCCCCUGGUUAACAAAACAACUGAAUGGUUACAUGAUGCUAUCGCUCGCUCCUUGUUUGCGCCUACUAAGUCACAUUGAAAAGAAAGGGAGUAAUUUAAAAUAGUUUAAAUUAAUACUAAUUUUCCAUGUUAGCAAUUGCUAGUGUUGCUCCAGGAGCAUUAUUCUACAGUGAAUGGGAGGAGGACAGGUGUCUUGAAUGGGACAGUUGAUCCAGGCAGCUCACUACUGUUAAGAUGCAGUACAUACCAGGAAAAAGUUUGAGAACCACGAACUAAAAGGACAACAGGGCAAGUUAAGGAUGUAGGGAAAACAACUGAAAUCUCUUGAUUGAUUGAUACCUUGUUUCAUUGCUUAUCUUUGUUCUUUAAAGUAAAUGAUACAAAGUCAGUUUGAAGAACAGUAGAACAAGCCCAAUCUGAGUAUGAGAGUCCUUACUGAACAAAUGAUGGCAACAAUGCUAAUGUGUCCUUUCAACAGCAUGCUUAACUUUCCUCUAAAACUGCUUUUGGUAGGUUAUUGAGCAAAUAUAUUAGAGAGGGAAGUGUGUUGGUUUACAAAGACAUCAACAACAUUUUCUAAGUUUUUUUCCCCAAUACCAUCUGUAACUUACUGCAUUUGCAUAAGGACACAAAGCUAGUCUCCCCCCAUUCUCUCUCUCACUGAAGGUAAGUUGCGAGAUAUGUACACUCACACAUUUAGC